GGAAGUUACAUAACUCUGAGAGGCGGGCCCGGACUUAAUCUACAUCAUAGCAAUUUUUUCCCCCUGCAGGCCUCACUGUGAUCUUCCAGGCUUUCUGGUGCUGAGACCCUCGGCACAUAAAAUGCUGAGGGAGCAGUCUUUUAGUGAGGCAUUGUUGACCUGCAUCCUCCUAACUGUAGCUACAGAUGCUGUCGGACAUCUUCCUUCUCCAGGCCAGACCUUAACCCACCCCUACUUUCCUUCCUCUGCCUUCAGCUUCAAGGAGAAACCGAAGGAGUAUCAGACAUGGAAAGCCCACUUACAAAAAAGCCAGCCCUUUCAAUACUAAGGGUCCUAUGCUUCUUCAGGUAAUAAAGCUCUUACAAUCAAAAUACCACUACAAAGAAGAGGCUGAAAUCAUCUGUGAUAAAGUUCAAGUUAAACUGAGCAAGGAAUGCUUUCAUCCUUAUAGUACAUGCAUUACAGAUGUGAGGACUUCACACUGGGAAGAAGCAAUCCAGGAAACCAAAGGUGGUGCCGACAAUAGGAAAUUGGCUGAGGAAUGUUAUUUCCUGUGGAAAUCUACACGCUUACAGCACAUGACCCUAGCAGAAGAUGUCAAAGCCAUGCUCACUGAACUUCGAAAAGAGGUCCGCCUACUCUUGUUAACAAACGGUGACAGACAGACACAGAGGGAAAAGAUCGAGGCCUGUGCCUGCCAAUCUUACUUCGAUGCCAUUGUUGUAGGAGGAGAACAGAAGGAAGAGAAACCAGCACCUUCCAUAUUUUAUCACUGCUGUGAUCUUCUGGGAGUGCAGCCAGGGGACUGUGUGAUGGUUGGUGACACUCUAGAAACCGAUAUACAAGGAGGCCUCAAUGCAGGACUGAAAGCCACAGUCUGGAUAAACAAGAGUGGAAGAGUGCCGCUGACAUCAUCCCCCAUGCCUCACUAUAUGGUUUCCUCUGUGUUAGAAUUACCUGCUCUCUUGCAAAGCAUAGAUUGCAAAGUCAGCAUGUCUGUGUAAAUAUAGAGGGGGCACAGUGACCAUAUUCAGAGCCAGUUUCCAGGAUUAGAACUAAGGAAAGCUAACGUGUGCCUGUAUAUUUGGUUCAACUCUAAGAAUAAUGUAAGGGAGGGAUUCAUAGUCAGGCUGUGGAGAUCCUCCCACCCCUGCUGCUGUUGAUAACCACAGGCUUCUAUUCAUGUCCAAAAUCCAGGCUUUAAUCGUGUAGUCCAAAAAACUUGAAGAAAGGCAGAAUAGCUUAUAUGAUGAUGUACUGGUUUCUAAAGUAGAAAUAGAUUUACAAAAAUAGAUAUUCUAAGAGAUUCAGGCAGCUGAGUUGGAUCAAUAUAAGUACUAAAUCACACAAAUCAAGACAUUUCAUAGUGAAAUUUUGCAUAUUUUAGGCAAAAUUUUGUUAGAAAUAUUGUGCCUACUUUCAAUGUAUAUGUUCUUAUCUAUUAUCUAAUUUUUCUGCAUGACUUUUGGAGGGCUGAAUUUUCUGUGGCGUGAACACGACAUUGUUAUAGUUUGGGGAAAAACUAUUAAAAAUCAAACCGUGGUGCUUUUUUUUUCCACACCAUUUUCAUACUUUUAGAGUGAGUUUGUGGCUCCUAAUGAGUAAAGACUGCCUUUUCUCGAGCACACAGUGGAGGGAAUUGGACAUUUUGCUCAAGUUGAGUGCUGGCUAUGUAGCACCAAAAGUCAUUUUGUUCCUUUGGAUUCACAAGAAUAAAAUUACCGUCAUGUGCUCUGAGCAGGUCAUUUUCCCACUGGUCUGAUCUCUGGUAACUACUUCCCCCAGGUGACCAAACUAGUAGAGAAAAUUAGGUUUGAAAGCUGGGCAUAGUGGUGCACACCUUCAAUUUCAGCAUUCAGUAGGCAAAACCAGAUGGAGCUCUAAGACCAGCCAGAGCUACAUAGUAGUCUCAAAACCAAAACAAACAAAAACCAAGAACUUGAAUGGCUUUCACAGUUACCUCUGUCUCAGGUUUGUUUUCACACUUUGAAGAAGGACUGUAUCUCUAGAGCUUACCUGGAGCUUAAUUAGUAUGCCAAGGUAACAUUAGCAACCAGAGAAUCUCCCCCAGACAAAAAGAUGACUAGUCUCAUGAAUUCAUAAACAGGCUCAGAAUGGAUAGCUAAUAAAGGUAAAAUGGUAAUGAAAAUAAUAUAACUUCUAGCCACCCCACAGGUAGUAGACACAGAUAUGCCAAGUCAUACUAACUGAAGGUUUAUCAUUUCUAAGAUGUUAGCAGUCAGCAAAAGUAAUCUGGGAGAAAUACAAGAGUUACAUUAUUUCUUUCUUCAUAGCAUAUCCCAGGCAGUUCAGCAUGUGACAUCUCAGUCUUUCUAUGCCUUCUUCAGAAAAGAGCUUUGAUGUUUUAUCUUCUGAGUGGAAUGUUACAUAGAUAAUAAAAAAGGAUUUGACUAGGCCUAUGAUAUUACUAAUGCUUUUUAGGUUGUUAGAAUUCUUUAAAAUUAAACAAUGAUAAAUAA